AACGACCCCAAGAACCGCCGGUGCUCCUGUCCAGGUACAUUGCUCAAUUUAUUGGCUGCCGGACACUAUAAUCCCCCAAAAGUUCUCUACUAAGACAACGCACUAGCGAACCAACCAAGAGACAUCAUACACCAUGGAUGUCUUUUACGCCUACACAUACUCGACGGCGGGAUGGCUCACUCUCCAGAGCUUCGCCCUCAUCGCAGUCCCGGAGAUGAUGACCACAAUGCUAGAGAAGGAAAGCAGGCAGCCUACUGACAUUGAGACCUACCUCUCCCGCUGCUUCGGCUUUGGUCUUCUCACCAUCGCCAUAUUAACUGUCAUGCUGACGGGCUCCAUCCCCCUGACCGCCUCUAUCACGGAUCCCGUCACCACAGACGACUCCGACCCCAAGGCCCCCUAUGCCGUACCCACGAUGCAGGUGACGACCGUAUUCCAUUUCAUCUCAGCAGGCUAUGCCUAUGCCUGGUGGGCGGAGAAGGGACAGCUGGCGUUCGGAUUUGGAAUGCUGGGCUCAGGUGCUCUUGCUUCGCUGGGAAUCUGGUGUGCGCUGUUUGCGAGCAGCAAUGGGAAGAUUAGUCGGAAGACGGGCGCGGAUAAGAGGACGACUGGUUUUCCAUUUGCUAACAAAGAGGCGGCGAAGAAGCAUGGGAAGGGAUUGUAAAUCUGAUGUCGCGCGGACUUGUACUAGAAAUGAGGUUCAUAGGUAAUAGAUAGCGGUUCUGGAUAGUCAUCGACAGUUAAAUAUACCUA